AUGGUCAUCGCAACCGACUCCGCAAAGCCUUUGGCGACCAUCCCGGUCCCAGAGGGGAAGAAGAUUAUCAAAAAUGCAUCAGACACGGCUCCCUUGAAGCCUCAGCCGGCGGGCCCUAACAGACUCUUCUCUCAAGAAGGUGCAGUCUUUGGAGACUUCCGCGAUGAUCUGCUCCGCGACGGCUACGUCGUAGUCAAGGGCGCUAUUCCCCGCGAAAGAGCAGACGCCUACGGCGAGGAGAUGAUGUCUUAUCUCGAGAACUUCGCCGGCGGUCUCGGCUUCAACCGCAACGACCCCUCCACCGUCAAAGAAUCCAACCUCCCCAUCAUCACCGAAAAGGGAAUGUGCCUAGGCUACGGCGUCGCUCACGAGUCCUUCACCUGGGCCGUCCUUUACGACACCCCGGACCUCAUCGUCUCCUUUGACGCCGUCAACAUGGCCUUCCCCAACCGGCCCGACGUCAAACCCAACAACCCCUGGCCGCACCAGGACCAGGACCCGGAGAAGCCCGGCUUCCGCUGCCUCCAGGGCCUCGUGAACCUCCUCCCCAAUGGAGACCGCGACGGCGGGCUGAUUGUCUGCAAGGGCGCGCACCUGCUCUCCGAGGAGUUCCACGAGGCGUUCCGCGGCGAGGAGGAUAAGAUUUGGGCGUGGACGAAGGAGUGGUAUGGGUUCACCGACAAGGGAAUGCAGUGGCUCAAGGACCGCGGAUGCGAGUGGAUCAAGGUCAACGCGGAGCCUGGAGACCUGCUGUUGUGGGACAGCCGGACGCCGCAUUACAAUCUCAGCCCGGAGGGCACGUCGCCGCGGUUCUGCGUGUAUACCUGUUACAUGCCGGUCGCCGAGGCCACGCAGGAGGACUUGGUGAGGAAGAAGGGCGCGUUUGAGGAGUUGAAGAGCACGACGCACUGGCCUAAUGCGAUGCACGUUGGCGGCAUUCCGGUGUUGAGGGAUGGGGAGCCGUGUCCGUAUAAUACGGGCAAGCCGAGGAGUGUGCCGAAGCUUUCGGAGAGGGGGUUCAAGUUGACGGGUAUUCCGUAUAUCCAGGGGGUUCCUAUUGAUGCUUUGGGAGAGUAA